AUGCGAUUCCUACGCUCAUUAAUCCCCUCGUUGCUGCUUUUGGGUGCGGGCGUUGCAGAGGCAGCUUCAUCAUGGAAUUUUGACGAAGCAAUCAUCUCUGUAACUGGGAAAGGUAACACCGCAGGUGCAUUCAAGGACAAACUCUCGGAUCAUGCUCCUCUUGCGAAGCCCGUAACAUUAGGCUCGGCAGAUUCCCUUAAGAUUAUCUUGACAGCGACAGAAAAUGGCAAGGCCAAACGACCACAUCAAGCUUUCCUCCUACUUAGAGAUCAGGACACUGGAUUGGAGGCCACAUUCCCAUUUUCUGUGAAGGAUACUGGCAAAGGAAAGGUUGAUUUUUCACAAAAGGACCUCCCGGCCCAACUCUUGAUAUCCUCUCAACCCCUCCGAGCCACCCUCCUUCUCGCCUCAUUCGGUUCCUCCCAAGCAUUCAGCAACCAUGUCUUCAACCUGGACGUCAAGCCUGACCCCAACGCGCCACUACCAAAAUACGAGAAGCCAUUGAGAUACGGAAAGUUGGAGGAUAUCCACCACAUCUUCAGAGCAGAUCCCAAGAGCGGUCCCAAAAUCGUUUCUAUGUUCUUCGUUCUUGCAGUAUUGGCUACUGUGCCAGUUCUCCUCGGGGUUUGGGCUUACCUUGGAGCCAACCUCGACCACCUCUCAAAAGCCGUAGGCGCUGCUCCCAUCUCGCACAGUCUCUUCUUCAGCUCAAUUUUGGCUAUGGAGGGCAUCUUCUACCUAUACUACUAUAACUGGACUCUUUUCGAGAUGUUACCUGCUGCUGGAGUUGUGGGAUUGGUAGGUUUCCUGAGUGGAAGCAAGGCUCUGUCAGAAGUUCAGAGCCGGCGACUAGCUGGUGAGCGGUAA